CUCUGUUCUGAGACAGUAACAAGGCUUGUUUGCUUUCCAAUUUCUGCUUCCUGAGUCACAACUGUUUUAUGAGAAAUGGUUCAUUUCAGAUAAACCGUACUGGGACUCUUUUCAGAAUCAGAUUCCAGGUUUUUCGUCACCUUCAAGAUAAAAGUAUUUCAGCCUUCAAGGGCUUCCUUUAUUGAGGAUCAAUGUCUACUCCUAUGUAAUUGAUCACUAUAGACCCAGGGACGCCUGAUUCAUUGUAGAGGGAGGGAAACCAUCAUGAAUAAUCAAAAAGCUGUGGCGGCACUCCUGCAAGAGUGCAAGCAAGUACUGGAUCAUCUCCUGAUGGAGGCGGCCCCAGAUGUGUCAGAAGAAGACAAGAGAGAGGACCAGCGGUGCAGAGCUUCACUCCCCAGUGAGUUAAGGAUCCUGCUCCAGGAGGCAAAGGAAAUGAAGUGGCCCUUCGUGCCUGAAAAGUGGCAGUACAAACAAACCGUGGUCCCAGAGGACAAAACAAACCUGCAGGAUGUGAUUGGCGCCGGGUUGCAGCCGUUACUGGAGUCCCUGCGUGCGUCCAUCCUGGCCCGGGACUGUGCAACCGCCUCGGCCAUCGUGUUCUUGGCUGACCGUUUCCUGUACGGGCUGGAUGUCUCCGAGAAACUCCUGCAGGUCGCCAAAGGUCUCCACCGGCUGCAGCCCGCCACGCCCAUCGCCCCUCAGGUGGUUAUUCGCCAAGCCCGAAUCUCUCUCAACUCAGGAAAACUCUUAAAAGCAGAGUAUAUCCUGAGCAGUCUAAUAAGCAACAAUGGAGCAACAGGUACCUGGCAGUACAAGAGCGAAAGUGACAAGAUCCUGGUGCAGUCAGUCUGUAUUCAAAUCAGAGGGCAAAUUCUGCAAAAGCUAGGGAUGUGGUAUGAAGCAGCAGAAUUAAUAUGGGCCUCCAUCAUAGGAUACAUGACUCUUCCUCAGCUAGAUAAGAAGGGCAUUGCCACAUCGCUAGGCAUACUGGCAGACAUCUUUGUUUCCAUGAGCAAGAAAGAUUAUGAAAAGUUUAGAAACAACCCACAAAUUAACUUGGAUCUGCUCAAGGAGUUUGACCACCGUUUGCUGUCAGCUGCAGAAGCCUGCAAGCUGGCAGCUGUUUUCAGUGCCUAUACACCCCUGUUCGUGCUCACAGCAAUGAACAUCCGUGGCACCUGCUUUUUGUCCUACAGUGGUUCUAAUGACUGUCCUCCAGAACUGAAAAAUGUGUACCUGUGUGAAGCUAAGGAGGCCUUUGAAAUUGGUCUUCUCACCAAGAAGGAUGAAAAGCCUGUUGCUGGAAAACAGGAACUCCACAAUUUUCUCAAAGCUGCUUAUGGGCUCAUUACAGUGCACCGAAGACUCCACGGGGAGACGGAGGCAGUGCGUAUUGCGAGUAAGCUCUGUAGUGAAGCUGUGGGGGAGCUGUACUCUUUCAGUACUUCAUCCCAAAGCCAGGAUAGAGAAGGCCUAUCUCAGGAAAUCAUGUCUGUCAUCACCCUGGUCAAGGAACAUUUUCAAGUUAAAAGCUUCUCGACUUCAGAUGAAAGGUCUUACGUCCCAGAAAGUUUCAAAAACAGGUUGGAUAAACCCAUUAUGCAUGGGCAAGUGGAUUUCCAAAAAAUCCUUGAAUCCUACACACAACACCACUCUUCUGUGUGUGAGGUCUUUGAAAGCACUUGCAGAAAUAACCCACAUAAACGGAAAGACCCUCAAACAGAAACCUGCAUCACUGCUCUGAAAACAGAAACCGAAAACAUGUAUACUAUGAGUGCAACUCAAGAUAAACCAUGCCCUCAAAAGGGCACAGGAAGCACCCCCUUGCAGAUGGCUAACAGUGAGCUAGAGAAACUCAACAAGAUAACGAGAAGAAACUGGACUGAUUCUAAUGCCUUUCCAGGCUCUGUGACUCAAAACAUGGAGACAGAGACAGAGCCACCCAAUUGCCACAAUGGAGGGGGCGCUGUUCUGAGCAUAUCUCUUAGCGACAACCAGAGCUCUGGUUCUUGGUACAAGUUAUCAGGAUCUGCUUCUUCUACAAGCUGGGAGGAAGUGAAUGUUGAUGACUGGUCAGCCAGAAAAGAGACUAAGAAAGAAGAGCACUGUGUGGAUACUGAGUGUUCCACAGCCUUCUCUGAGGGGCUGCAAGAUAAGGAAGACAGGGCUAUGCAUGUGUUAUCUUCAGAGCUUUGUGCUCUCUCUUUCCAUGAAGCUAGGGAUGACUGUUUAGGAUCUCCUCAAUGCAAGCAGCACCCAUCCUUGCCUUCAGCUAGUUUGCCUUCUCAUAACACAGGCUGUAUGCUGGCCUCUGAUGCAGUGCAGUCAGAACAAGUCCCAGAAGACAUCCAGGAAGCCAGAAAGAGUGAGCUCAGAAAGACCUCUACCCACUCCAAGCCUUCAUACAGUUCUACUUCUUGGUCUUCUGAUUCCGAUGAUCUCAAGAACAUGACCACAUAUCCUUCAAUCCAUGUAGAGCUCUUUGAAACAGUAGGUGAGUUUCCAGAAACCAGCUGUGCUUCUGGAGAGACACAAGAAAAAGAGAAGACAAAGGCAAUCACUCUAAGAAGCACAGGCCCUGCCUUUCGAGAUGGACCCUGCUGCGCUGACCCAGAAGCAGAAACAGCAGAAAGUGUGGAGGAAGCACAUUUGGGCAUGCAGAGAUUCCUGCACAAUUCUCUAGGUGGCAGUUCCAUGAUGGCCUGUAGCUCUCUUGCUCCUCAUAGGCUCGUUCAAAAUUCUGACACAGGAAUAUGUAGUGGCUCCAAUGAGGAAGAAGGUAUUGAUCCCGAUGCCUCCACAGUGGAUGAAGGGGGCCAGCUACUUCAAAGCACGGAAGUGCACCCCACAGGCGGGCAAGGCUGUCACAGAUCCCAUACCGGGAUGCAUCCACCUGGUCAGAGGUCAGAGAGCCCCAGUUCCUCCGAAAGUGGAAACAGUCCCUUCGCAGUGCUCAGUGAGGACUGCACUACAACAGAGGAAGACAGACCACUUAAGAGAGUUCUUCCCCGCAGCCUGUGGCCCAGCUCCCCCACGGCACCAUGGCGGCAAGUAUCUGAAGUCUCCAGCGGGUCUUCUGAAGGUGAAAGCUCAUGGUCCCUUCUGAAUUCCAAUGGAGGUUCCAUUUCUUUGCCUGGCAACAUAAGGCAAGAGAUCCUUGAGGCUCGCACCCUGCAGCCUGAUGACUUUGAGAAACUCUUGGCAGGAGUGAGGCAUGACUGGUUGUUUCAAAGACUGGAGAAUACGGGAAUCUUUAAGCCAAAUCAACUCCAGCGAGCACACAAUGCUCUUUUAUUAAAAUAUUCCAAAAACUCUGAGCUGUGGACAGCUCAGGAAACAGCUGUGUAUUUGGGGGACUACCUGCAUGUGAAGAAGAAAGGCAGACAAAGAAAGGCAUUUUGGGUUCAUUACCUACAUCAAGAUGAGAUUCUGGGAAGAUAUGUUGGGAAAGAAUAUAACGAGCAGAAAGGCCUUUGGCACCACUUCACCGAUGUGGAGAGGCAGAUGACGGCACAGCACUAUGUGACAGAGUUUAACAAGAGACUCUAUGAGCAGGAUAUUCCAACACAGAUAUUCUACAUUCCAUCCACAAUAUUACUGAUUCUAGAAGGCAGGACGAUAAAGGGGUGUGUCAGUGUGGAGCCGUACAUGCUGGGAGAAUUUGUAAAAUUAUCCAAUAAUGCGAAAGUGGUGAAAACAGAAUACAAAGCCACAGAAUAUGGCCUGGCUUAUGGCCACUUUUCUUAUGAGUAUUCUAAUCAUAGAGAUGUUGUGGUUGAUUUACAAGGAUGGGUGACUGGUGAUGGAAAAGGGCUCAUCUACCUCACCGAUCCCCAGAUUCACUCUGUUGAUCAGAAAGGUGUCGCCACCAAUUUUGGAAAGAGAGGAAUUUUUUACUUCUUCAACUACCAGCAUGUAACAUGUAAUGAAAUCUGUCACCGCCUCUCUUUGACUAGACCUUCCACAGGGAAGUGAAGCA